AAUAACAUCAUCAUACAAAACUAACGCAACAUUUUUCUUCUAAAAAUCUACAAUUUUAGUGCAAUUGAAGAAUAUUUUCGAUUUUAAAUUGGAUUCACGAAAAAUAAAAAACGCCGAAUAGACAGACAGUUAGAAAUAAACAAAACAAUUCAAUCGAUCGACGGGGAUAUAAACAAACAAUCCAUGAAUUACAUAAAAAGAAUAGAAAUAAACAAAUAAAUAAAUUUCCGAAAAUCAUACUUAUUUAUAUACAAUCAUCAUCAAACAAUCAUGUGUACAUACAAAAGGUAACGUAAAUGUGUGAUCAUACUCGUACGUAUACGUGAUGUGUGCUGAAUCAGUUUGUUGUUUUGUUCGUUGUACGUAUACGUGUAUUUGGCAAUUGUAUCAAUGAGAUCAAUGUUUCAAUUCAAGUGUAUUUAACAAAAAAAAAAAAAAAAAUAUCGUAAACAAAAUCAAAACUACUGCAACAGUGAUUUUUCGGCAGAGGUUGUAUGUUGCCAAAACCUCAAGAAAAAAAGAAGAACUAAAUGCAAAUUUUUAUUUAAAUUGGUUAUUUUUCGUGUGCCUUUUAAAAACCUCGAAAAAUUGAAAGUUCAACAUUUAAUUGUACAACUUUUGGUUUUAUUUCUUUUUUAAGUGGUUUUAAUAUUCAAACAGUUAAAAGAAAAAGCAAAAUAUGUUUCAAAAUAAAUUUAAUAUGCUGUUGUUAAUAAUAUUUAUCAUGCUGCUUUUGCUUACCAGGAAGACUUUUGGUUUGGUCAAUCCUUUACAUACGGAAUAUUAUUCGAAUUAUCGCAAUUAUCCCGGUGAUGAUAAGUUAAACUAUAAAUAUCACUAUUUUAUCGAUCAUCCGCCGAGCAAUGUUCACAUGAUGCACUUAGAGGAACGUCAAGGUGACAAAGUAAUGGGUCAAUAUGGUCUACUAGAACCCAAUGGAAUGGUGCGUAUGGUCCAUUAUCAAGUAGUGGGCGACAGUGGUUUUCAAAGUGUGGUUCAGACACGAACACCGCACAGCAGAACACAUGUACGACUAAUGAAUCGCAAACAACCAACACUGCCGAUAAUAUUACAACAGCCAGUGGCAUCUGUUAUAUGA